CAACCCCUCUGUAGGCGGUGCAGCGCCUCUGAGCAGCAGUUCGGUGUGUUUGUGAUCGCGCGCUACGUCUCUGUGUGUGCGCGCGUGCGUCGCACCUGGAUUGAAGGUAAUAUCGCAAAUCUCUCAGGGAAAGUUGAUGGAUCUAUGAAUAAAAAAUAAAAAAUCUAAAAGCAUGUCCGAAGUGCGGAAAUUCACCAAAAGGCUGAGUAAACCUGGGACAGCGGCGGAGCUCAGGCAGAGCGUGUCGGAGGCUGUCAGGACGUCUACUGCUGUGGAACAAACGAAGAUCAUCGAGCCACUAGACUACGAAAAUGUGGUGUUUCAAAGGAAAGCACAGAUCCACAGUGAUCCUCAGAGAGACCUGCUGCUGUGGCCAGCCGAUGACGUCUCAGAGACACAAAUUGAUCGUCAGAGAAGAACGACUGUCUCCUCUGUACCUCAGAAUGCUGAACAAGAAGCCAAAAGCCUGUUCGCCACAGAGUGCAUCAAAAUGUACAACACUGAGUGGCACACAAUCAAUUACAACUACGAGGCUUACUCAGGAUGUUUUCGCACUCUUCCCAGUAAAGGGACUAAGACUGAAAAACUCCCAUCCCACAUGUUUGAGACUGAUGAAGGAGAGGAGGACUCCUUGUCACUGUGCUCUCAGAAAGGAGGUGUGAUGAAACAGGGAUGGCUCCAUAAAGCCAAUGUCAACAGCAGCCUUUCUGUAUCAAUGAAGGUGUUCAAGCGGCGGUAUUUCUACCUGUCUCAGCUCCCUGAUGGUUCCUACAUUCUUAACUCCUAUAAAGAUGAGAAGAACUGUAAAGAGACCAAAGGCUCCAUCUACUUGGACUCCUGUAUCGACGUGGUGACGUGUCCUAAGAUGCGUCGCAAUGGCUUUGAGCUGAAGAUGCAAGAUCGCUACAGUCACUAUUUGGCAGCAGACAGCGAAGCUGAGCUGGAGGAUUGGGUGAACACACUGAACUCGCUACAGAGUUCAUCGGAGGACAGGAGGAACGGAACAGACUCCUCAGACUGUGUAUUAGAUGAAGAAACCAGUAGCCAAGGAAAACCAGAGAGCAUUUCUGAGGGUUUUGGUCGGAGUCUUCAUCCAGAGCUAAUGAAGUAUGCCAGAGAAACAGACCAGCUCAAUAAAAUCAACAGGAAUGAAUCUAGACAGAAGAUUCUUUCCCUAGAUCCAGAGACUCAGAGACUGGAUUUCUCAGGCAUCGAGCCAGAUGUGAAGCCGUUCGAAGAGCGUUUCGGUCGCCGUAUUAUGGUCAGCUGCCAUGACCUGACUUUCACCCUGCAGGGUUCCGUCAUCGAGAAAAACGACGGUGUUCUGACCAACCUCGAGCCAUUCUUCAUCACUUUAGCCUUAUUUGACGUAACCAAAGGCUGCAAGAUCUCUGAAGAUUUCCAUGUGGAUCUAAACCCAGCAUGCGUGAGAGAGUUGCUGUCUGAAGCCCCUCACACACCCAUUGGCGCCGAAGGAAAAGAAACGGCUGACGCGGCCCGAGUCGACGGCUUACCAGUUUUUCAGAGAGUGUCUGAGUCUCUACUACGUUUUCCAACUCAGGGCAUCUUUUCUGUGACCAACCCUCAUACAGACGUCUUCCUGGUGGCUCGGGUGGAGAAGGUUUUGCAGAAUGGGAUCACUCACUGCGCUGAACCCUACAUUAAGACUUCGGAUAUGAGCAAGACGGUUCCAAAAGUACUGAAGGCAGCUAAGCAGACGUGUCAGCGGCUUGGACAGUACAGAAUGCCCUUUGCUUGGGCUGCCAAGCAGGUGUUUAAAGAUGCCCAGGGAAGUUUGGACACAGAAGGAAAGUUCUCCCCUCUGUAUCGCCAGGACAGCAGCAAGAUCUCCACAGAAGACCUUCUCAAACUACUGACUGAAAUCAGGAAACCAGAAAAAAGUAAAUUGCAAAUCAUCCCAGGACAAAUAAAUAUCGCCAUCGAAUGUGUGUCUCCGGACUUGCAAAAUUCAGUGACGCCUUCCUACAUCCCCGUGAAGCCGUUUGAUGAGCAGUGUGAGAAAGUGUCUGUGGAACUAGAAGAGUUUAUCUCUGAAGAAGCCAAGUACAAUCACCCUUUUACCAUCUAUAAAAAUCAGUUGUAUAUUUAUCCCCAGCAGCUGAAAUAUGAAAGCCAAAAGACAUUUGCAAAGGCGAGGAACAUUGCCGUGUCUAUUCAGUUCAAAGAUUCAGAUGAAGAGGGAGCAGGCCCACUUAAGUGUAUUUAUGGCAAGCCAGGGGAGCCAUUGUUCACCACGAGUGCAUUUGCCGCUGUGCUGCAUCACAACCAAAGCCCAGACUUUUACAAUGAGAUUAAAAUCGAGCUGCCAAUCCAUGUUCAUGAGAAGCAUCACAUUCUCUUUACCUUCUACCACAUCAGCUGUGAGCUUAGUAACAAAGCCAGCACUAAGAAGAGAGACGGAGUAGAGACCCUGGUGGGAUAUUCCUGGGCAUCAUUACUAAAAGAUGGAAGGAUACAGUCUUCAGAACUACAGCUUCCUGUUUCUGCUACUUUACCUGCUGGGUAUCUUUGUGAUAAGAGCCAAGACUCUAAGAGGUCACCAGAGAUCAAAUGGGUGGAGAAUGCUAAGCCUCUGUUUAAAGUGAAGACCUAUGCAGUAUCAACAAUUUAUACUCAGGAUUUGCACCUGCACAAUUUCUUCCAGUAUUGUCAGCUGAGGAGGUCGACAUCAGAGGGGAACCUGACGGAUCUCAUCAAGUACUUAAAGUGCCUGCACGCUGUGGAGACUCAGGUCAUCAUUAAAUUCUUGCCCACCGUGCUUGUGCAGCUGUUCCAGGUCCUUGUAACGGCAAGCAAAGAGCCUCAAGAGAUCGCCAUCAAUGCCACCCGUGUGAUCAUUCACAUUGUGUCCCAGUGUCACGAAGAAGGGCUGGAGCACUACUUGCGCUCUUUUCUAAAGUAUGUAUUUCUCGCAAACAAUGCCGCAUCAGGAAACACAGUGAGCACACAUGAAGUGUUAGCCACAAACGUCACAGCAAUUCUCAAGCAAACUGCAGACUUUAACACCUGCAACAAGCUACUGAAGUACUCAUGGUUCUUCUUUGAAGCAAUGGCCAAGUCAAUGGCACAUCACCUCUUUGAAGGCAAUAGAAUGAAGAUGCCUAGAGCACAGAGGUUCCCAGAGUCAUUCCAGCAGGUGCUGCAGUGUCUGCUGCUCUCCAUCAUGCCUCACAUCACCAUACGUUAUGUAGAGAUCCCUGAAGAGGCUCGGUGCGUCAACAUCAGCCUGGCCAACUUUAUCAAGCGCUGUUUGACCUUCAUGAACAGAGGAUUUGCAUUUAGUCUUAUUAAUGAUUACAUGUGUGGAUUCAGCGAAAAAGAUCCCAAGGUUUUGACAGAAAUGAAGUUCUACUUCCUCAUGGCAGUGUGCAAUCAUGAGCACUACAUUCCACUGAACCUGCCGAUGGCAUUCGGUCGUACCAAGUUACAAAGAGUCCAGGACCAGAGUCUGGAGUACAGUCUUACUGAGGACUAUUGCAAGAACCACUUCCUGGUGGGGCUGUUACUCCGAGAGGUAGCCAAGGGCCUGCAGGGAAAUCCGGACAUCAGGCAACUGGCUGUAGCUGUCCUGAAGAACCUGAUCAUUAAACAUGCCAUGGAUGACAGAUAUACAUCCUACAAGAAUCACCAGGCCCGUAUUUGUGUGCUCUACCUGCCACUCUUCGAGCUGCUCUACCAAAACCUGAACCAGCUGAAUGCCAACAGGCAGCCUUCAAGAUCUGGCUUUGGCAUCAUGUGCAGAGAUGAUGUUUCCAUGACUAGCUUAGACCCUCGGCGUGCCAGUGCAGCCAUUGAAAAGGACCCGACUGGACUGGUCACAAUGAACGGACAUGUUAGGAGAGAAGACUCGCGAAGCUCGUUAUACGGAGACCCCAGCAUACCAGAGGUUAAUGAGUUGCAAAGACGUGGCUCCACAAUGAGCAACCUGCCCUCCAUAGGGCGCCUUGGACAUUAUGAAGUCAAAGGACUGUUGCUGUGUUUUCUGCACAUUGUAAAAACUGUAUCAGAGGAUACACUGCUGGCUUACUGGAACAAAGUGAAUCCACAGGACAUCAUGAACUUCCUCAAUCUCCUAGAGAUUUCUUUGGUUCAGUUUCGUUUUGUUGGUAAGAGGAACAUAAACAGGUUUCAGGAAUCUUGGGUUUCGAGGGCCUUUUCCUCAGAUAGGAAGUCUCAGACGAUGCCUGUGAUGCGUGGGCGCUCCAGUCUAAUUCAGACCAGCCUGCAGCAGUUUAACACCCUGGAGGCCUCUCAUACACUCAACACAGGUGGCGGCUCAACAGAAGCUGAAAUGAACCAUCAGGCCCUGUUAGAGGGUAACAUCUCUACCGAAGCUUGCCUCAUUGUGCUGGACACACUCUCACUCUUCAGUCAGAGUUUUAAGAACCAGCUUUUAGAGAGUGAUGGCCACAACCCUCUGAUGAAGAAAGUGUUUGAUAUUUAUCUCACCUUCCUUAAAGUUGGACAGUCAGAAGUGGCAUUCCGACACGUCUUUGCAUCUUUACGAUCUUUUAUUUCCAAGUUUCAGGUGACUCUCUUCAAGGGCCGCGUGACCUUGUGUAGCUCGUUGUGUUACGAGGUGCUAAAGUGCUGCAUGUCUAAACUGGGAAGUGUACGUGGAGAGGCAGCAGGCCUGCUCUACCUCCUCAUGAAGAACAACUUUGAGUACACCAAGAGGAGGAGCUUUUUGCGCAUGCACUUACAGAUCAUCAUUGCUGUGAGCCAGUUAAUUGCAGACGUGGCCCUGACAGGAAGUUCACGUUUCCAGGAAUCAUUAUCUAUCAUCAACAACUUUGCCAACAGUGAUAAGGCCAUGAAGUCCACAUCAUUUCCAACAGAAGUGAAGGGCCUCACGAUGCGCAUCCGUACCGUGCUGAUGGCCACAGCUCAAAUGCGUGAGCAUGAGAAGGACCCAGAAAUGCUGCUGGAUCUACAGUAUAGUCUGGCUCGCUCCUACGCCAGCACACCUGAGCUCAGACGCACCUGGUUGGACAGCAUGGCACGAGCGCACCUCAAAAACGGAGACACCUCAGAGGCAGCUAUGUGUUAUGUCCACAUUGCAGCUUUAAUGGCAGAGUAUUUGUUCAGAAAAAAACUGUUCCCGAGUGGCCUGGCAGCUUUUAAGAAGAUCACUUUUAACAUAGACGAGGAGGCUGCUAUGAAAGAAGACUCGGGCAUGCAAGAUGUAUACUACAGCGAGGAUGUUCUGGUAGAGCAGCUGGAAGUGUGUGUUGAAGGCCUCUGGAAAGCUGAACGGUUUGAGCUUAUCACGUACAUUGCCCGGCUCAUAAUUCCAGUGUAUGAAAAGCGCCAUGAGUUUGAGAAGCUGAGACGCUUGUAUGAUACCCUACAGAGAGCAUAUUCUAAGAUCUUGGAGGUCAUGCAGACGCGUCGCCGCCUUCUGGGUACUUACUUCCGAGUGGCCUUUUAUGGGCAGGGCUUCUUUGAAGAGGAGGAUGGAAAAGAAUAUAUUUACAAAGAGCCAAAGCUCACAGGUCUGUCAGAAAUUUCACAUCGCUUGCUCAGCCUAUAUGGGGAUAAGUUUGGAGCAGAGAAUGUCAAGAUCAUUCAGGACUCCAAUAAGGUAAACCAGAAAGACCUGGACCAAAAGUUUGCUUAUAUACAGGUCACAUUUGUCAAGCCUUACUUUGAUGAGAAAGAGCUGGCUGAGAGAACAACAGACUUUGAGAAAUGUCACAACAUCAACCGCUUUGUUUUUGAAACACCCUACACGCUGACAGGGAAGAAGCACGGAGGGGUUGAAGAGCAGUGCAAGCGGCGAACAGUUCUAACCACGACCAACACAUUCCCCUAUGUGAAGAAGAGGAUAGAGGUGGUUGGGGAAAAGCACUUGGAGCUGAAACCCAUUGAAGUGGCCAUAGAUGAAAUGCGAGAUCGGAGCAUUGAACUCAACAAACUCUGCUGCAACCAGGAAGUGGACAUGAUUCAGCUACAGCUCAAGCUUCAGGGUUGCGUCAGUGUGCAGGUCAAUGCUGGUCCCAUGGCAUAUGCUAGAGCUUUCCUGGAUGACGCCAAGUCUGGCCAGUCCAAUAAGAAAGUCAAAGAGCUCAAAGAUAUAUUCAGGAGCUUUGUUCAGGCAUGCAGUGUGGCUUUAGAUAUUAACGAGCGGCUCAUUAAAGAGGACCAGUACGAAUAUCACGAGGGACUAAAGUGCAACUUUAAAAGCAUGGUCAAGGAACUGUCUGAUAUUAUUCAUGAACAGAUCUUCGAGGAGGAUGAGAUGCGUUCCCUCUUGCAGAACUCGCUCCACGUGUUCCGAGCCAUCAGUGGAACAUCCACUGGCUUCAGCUAAAGUCUGACUAUUCAAAUGUCUGCACACCAUGUCUGUUUUAUAUAUAUAUAUAUAUAUAUAUAUAUAUAUAUAUAUAUAUAUAUAUAUAUAUAUAUAUAUAUAUAUAUAUAUAAAACAUUGCUUCAUUGUUAGCCUCUGAGAAAGUGCCAUGUUGUUAUAAGUGCAUAUUGCUGUUUUAUUUUGCACCAUUUGUCCGUCAUUUUCCCCACAAAAUAUUUAGAUAUUCAGUAAAUUCACAUGUAGCAGCAGCCAAAAUGUAAAAGUCCCAGUGUAUUUCAUAGUUCAGAAAAUGGUCAGUAGGUUUUUAUUAUUAUAAUAAUAAUUAUUAUUAUUAUUAUUGUUGUUGAACACAGUGGCUAUAAGAAUUCAGAGUAAGAGGUGCUAAUUUUGAACUAUAUUGAAGAAUGUAAUAAAACCUCGAUUUUAAUAAGCUA